AUGGAGGUGCCUACAGCCACCUCGCUGCAUGACAUAUACCCGGAUGACGUGAUAGAAGCCCAGAAGAAGAGGUGGGUGCAGCUGUUAGCAAAGUUCAACGAGCUAUAUGGAAAGACUGCAGACUUCGUGUCACGGAGUCCCGGCCGUGUCAACAUUAUUGGCGAGCACAUCGACUACUCCCUCUACGAAGUCCUCCCCAUGGCCGUAACCGCCGACGUAAUCAUCGCCGUCUCCGUUCGCCCCACCUCCGAAAGUCCCCGCAUCCGCAUCGCCAACAUCAACUCCCAGAAGUUCCCCACACGAGAGUUCGAGAUACCUACGGACGGCGCGAUCGAUAUCGACGCCGAGGCACACGAAUGGACAAACUACUUCAAGGCGGGCCUGCGCGGCGCGUCGGAGCUAUUACAGAAAAAGCGGCAAGAGAAGGGCCACUUCACAUCCGUCGGGAUGGACGUUCUUGUCAAUGGCACUGUGCCAAGCGGGGGUGGGCUGUCCAGCAGUGCGGCUUUCGUGUGCGCGAGCGCGCUAGCGGUUAUGAGAGCUAACGGCGAGGAGGCUGUGGAUAAGAAAGAGCUGACAGAGCUCGCCAUCGUAUCCGAGCGAGCGGUCGGUGUGAACUCAGGCGGCAUGGACCAGUCUGCGUCGGUAUUUGGGAUGCCAGGCCAAGCGGUAUACGUCUCGUUCAAGCCGCAUCUCUCGGCAAAGGACAUCGUGUUUCCGGAGACUGAUCCUAAGCUAGAGUUCGUGGUGGCGCAGAGCUUCGUGGCAGCAGAUAAGCACGUUACGGCGCCUGUGUGCUACAACCUGCGUGUCGUGGAGUGCAGUCUCGCGGCGGUCUUCUUGGCCAAGGUCUUUGGUCUGAAGCGAGAGCUUCCGGAAGAUUCGGCGCCAUUAGGCGUGAGCCUUAGAGGCUUCCAAGAUACUUUCUUCGAGGAGAAGGAUGGCGUGAAGGACAACACUCAGAUCUCCGUCGAUGAGCACCAGAAGCAACUUGAGCAGCUUGUACAACUGACUGAAGACUACCUGGCUCAAGAAGAGGGCUAUACGCGCGAAGAGAUCAGCGACCUCCUCGGCAUCAGCGUGGAUGAGCUGAACAAGAGAUUCACAUCGCGCUUCCCUGUACGAGCCGAGAGGUUCAAGCUCAGACAGCGCGCACUGCACGUCUUCAAGGAAGCGAUACGGGUCGGCAAGUUCAUGAAGCUCCUCGAGACGCCACCGACCACGUCUUCCGGCAAGACGGACACCAAGAAGCUGUGUGAAGAGUUGGGUGCCUUGAUGAACGAGACGCAGGAUUCAUGUCGAGACGUCUACGAGUGCAGCUGUCCGGAGCUGGAUGAGUUGUGCCAGCUGGCAAGAAGUGCUGGCGCGUAUGGCUCGCGGCUGACAGGCGCUGGUUGGGGCGGGUGCUGCGUGCAUCUGGUAUCGAAAGACAAGGUUGAGGCGGUGAAGAAGGCGUGGGAGGAGAAGUAUUACAGAAAGAAGUUCCCGGAUAUCACGCCUGAGAAGCUGGCGGAGGCGGUCUUGGUGAGUGAGCCGGGGAGUGGGAGCAUGGUCUUCAAGAUCACCGGCGAUGCUGUGGCAUGA